GCGGGCUGGGUGUCCUUUUCCGCGCGGCUCGCGCCGCUCUCCCCGCCGGAGCCCGACAGCUCCGUACCGGCCUCCCUCGGCCUGCAUUCGCCAAAGAGCUUUUCCUGGGGACGCUGCGAAAGCUGUCAUCCUGAACAUACCUUUAAGCAAUAUCCAUUGACUCAGUGGACUUCCAAAACAAACCUGUUUAGCAUUGCAGUAAAGGAAGACGUUUUCCCAUUUCCUGAGAUUAGCAAUGAAGAAUUGGAAGAAAUCAACCAGCUUGUGGGGCCGGUAGAAAAAUUCUUCAAUGAAGACGUGGAUUCUAAGAAAAUUGACCAAGAUGCUAAAAUUCCACAAGAAACGCUUAAUGAACUGAAGAACCUGGGGCUCUUUGGCAUACAGAUUCCGGAGGAAUAUGGUGGCCUUGGUCUUUCGAAUACAAUGUAUGCUCGUUUAGGAGAAAUUACUUCUCAGGAUGGAGCUAUUGCAGUAACCUUGGCAGCUCACCAAGCUAUAGGACUGAAGGGAAUCCUAAUUGCAGGCACUGAAGAACAGAAGAAAAAGUAUCUGCCUAAACUGGCUUCUGGGGAGCACAUUGCAGCAUUUUGUCUGACUGAACCUGGAAGUGGUAGUGAUGCUGCAUCCAUCCAGAGCAGAGCUACUUUGAGCGAAGAUGGGAAAAGUUUCAUAUUAAAUGGUUCAAAGAUAUGGAUUUCAAAUGGUGGCAUUGCAGAUAUCUUUACUGUUUUCGGAAGGACUGAGGUUGUUGACAAAGAUGGUGCUGUAAAAGACAAAAUCACUGCCUUCAUUGUAGAAAGAGCUUUUGGUGGAAUCACUAAUGGAAAGCCAGAGGAUAAACUAGGCAUUCGAGGAUCUAACACAUGUGAAGUCCAUUUUGAAAAUACAAAAAUCCCUAUAGAGAAUGUCAUUGGAGAAGUUGGAGGGGGAUUUAAGGUUGCUAUGAAUAUUCUCAACAGUGGAAGAUUUAGCAUGGGCAGUGCAUCUGCUGGAAUGCUGAAGAAAUUGAUUGAAAUGACAGCAGAGUAUGCUUGUACAAGGAAACAGUUUAAUAAGAAGCUGAGUGAAUUUGGAUUAAUUCAGGAAAAAUUUGCCCUGAUGGCUCGGAAAGCAUAUGUGAUGGAAAGCAUGGCCUACCUCACUGCAGGAAUGAUGGACAGGCCAGGGUUCCCAGACUGCUCAGUUGAAGCAGCCAUGGUGAAAGUGUUUAGUUCUGAAGGCGCAUGGAUUUGUGUGAGUGAAGCUUUACAAAUUCUUGGAGGUCUCGGCUACAUGAAAGAUUAUCCGUAUGAACGCUAUCUCCGGGAUUGCAGGAUACUUCUGAUUUUUGAGGGAACAAAUGAAAUUCUGCGAAUGUAUAUUGCUUUGACAGGCAUGCAGUAUGCCGGCAAGAUCUUAACUGGGAAAAUAAAGGAAAUCAAGAAAGGAAACGUAGGUGUUGCAUUGAACCUGUUUGUGAACAAGUUCCGUGACAGCAUGGGCCGAACAGUAGACUUAGGAUUAGUUGGUCAAGAUGGAGUGGUUCAUCCUAGUCUAGAGGAAAGUGCCAAGAAACUUGAACAAAAUAUAUAUUAUUUUGGUGUCGCUGUAGAAGGCUUGUUGAGAAGAUUUGGCAAGACUAUUGUGGAUGAGCAGAUGGUUCUCAAAAGGGUAGCAGACAUCCUCAUCAAUAUCUAUGCAAUGACAGCAGUUAUUUCCAGAGCUAGCCGAUCAAUCAGUAUUGGUUUGCGCAAUCAUGAUCAUGAGGUGCUGCUUACAAAUAUUUUCUGCACUGAAGCUGGCUUCCAGAAUAAUUAUGCUCUGGCAGAAUUAGAAAAAAAUGCUCCUGAAAACAUGGAUGACAGCAUUAAAAAAGUAGCAAAGCAGGUGCUGGAAAAGAGAGCAUAUAUCUGUUCCCAUCCACUGGAAAGAACAUUUUGAAAGUUGGGAAAUGGUGACCGACCUGCUGUGGAGCAAGAUGCUCUGCGGUGCAAGUGAACUUUGGGGCAGAAUGUGCGACUGGCAACUUGCAAACAAACCAUAUUAUUUUCCUCAAUGGAGGUGUUGUUUUAUAAAAUAAAAUUCUUUGAUUUUA